ACACGCCACUAUUUACGCAUUUACGCCGUGCAAUCCGCUAGAGCACCUCGCGCCAGAACAUCCAGCCGAGUGUCAGCAAGAACAGGCGACGGUAUCGCUAGGCACGAGUGCCCGUGGUUAAUUUACCAUCGCGAUCCAAGACGUAGAGGGAGAGAAGAGAGGCAGAGAGGGGUGAGAGAGAAAGAGCGAGAAAAAGAGAGAGCGAGAGAGAGAGCGAGAGAGCGAGGCUUCAAAUCCCCUUCAGUUAUCUCCCCACGGUGCAUCGAGCGGAAGAAACCUGACCUCUGCGAAUGGUGGAAAACUGUCUUGUAAAAUGGAGCGGCCGUGAUUUUCUCCACUAUUCGCCACACGCCGUUAUUACGUGCUGUCGCCUGCUUGUGCCUGAUGUGCCUGGCUGUCAUGCGAAUCUGCCAGACGAAGGGGCACGAGUUGGACUGUGGAAUGUGAAGUGAGCGACGUCAAAAAACAAACUCUCGACUUAAGAACCGAAGUGGAACCUUCGAGGACUACAUGUCAAAUGUUUUCCGUGGACAAAAAAGUGGGAUUCGAGUGGUUGAUUUUAAGAAAACAUGUUCGAUUUUUAGAUGUUGGUUUGGUCACAUUUCCAUGUGUUAAUCUCUUAUGAACCACUCUCUGAACAAACGUUUAGUCGGGUGGUCACUAACACUCUACCUGCUCUUAUUGGCUGAAACGGAUGAGGUCGACGGAUUUCAAGGAGCAUCGGAGAAGUGACAGUAACUAACCAUCCUAAUUGUCGGAGGUAACUACCGCUCGGUGUUUCACGCGCUACCCUUACCGAUGGUCGGACUAGAGCUCUCCCGAGCCAGCACCGCCUCAGAUGCGACCCAGUACAUUUCAAAUAUCUAGGAAGGGUGUUGAUGGAGAGGCCUUCGAAUGACAGCCGGUACAGUGGUCAUCACCGGAGGAAUCCUCGCAACUGUUAUCUUACUCUGCAUCAUCGCAGUACUGUGCUACUGUAGACUGCAGUACUACUGCUGUAAGAAGGAGGAGUCAGAGUCGGAGGAGGAGGAGCCAGACUUUGCUGUGACGUCCCGCCUCCCUCCGGUGCACUCCAAUCACAACAUUGUGGCGGCCUCGGCCGCCGUCUCCUCCGCCCCCAACGGCCCCGCCCUUUUCCCACCGCCGCCAGCGCGGAAGCUGACGCGCUCACAGACCUUCUGCCCGUCCUGCACCCACUAUGAGCUGCCCUUCUACCUGCAGCAGCCGGAGGGGCUGCGGAACGGCGGGGAGCGCGUCAGUUACCGUAGCGUCCAGCAACACGACCUGGACCCCCUGCCCCACCCUCUGCCUCACCCGCUGCCCCUCCCUGUGCCCCUUCCCGUAGACCUGCCCAGCUACCACAAGCUCAACCUCACCCGCUCUGUCACCAUGAGGGACAUGUUCACGCGCAGCUGCAGCAUUAGCACUGACGUGUAGUCAGCAUGGUGCCCCCUUGUGGUUUGGAGGGGGCAGGGCAACGCAAGAGACACCAGCAGAGACAGGAACAGGUUUGGUACAGAGCCAGGGAGAGGGGUAACAGGGACAGUUAUAAGACAGGGAGAGGAAAAAAGGAACAGGGAAUAAGAGAUUGCUAGACAGCAGACACUACCACCAUAUUUGAUACAGAUACUGAUUUAGUUACAGAUUGGCUGAUAUUUAGACUGCCUCAACAAACGAGGCAUCAACACAUUCUGCUGACACACUUCUGAGACCUCCUGGACAUAUUCUUCCCCUGUCUCCUCAGUCCUCUUCUCCUUCCCAUCUCCGCUCCUCAGCGCUCUCUUUCCCCUGCUUUUCUAUCCUCACCUCACAUCUACUCAGUUCUCUCCUCCCUCCUUUCCUUAAUCCUCUCCUUAGCCUUUGGUCUCCUCUCCUCACUCAAACAGAUCCUCCAUCACAAUAACCCAUUAGAUCAAAAACUUUAGCAGCAAACUACAUUUGCUGCUAAAGAUAUAAUGACCCAUCAUUGUAUCUCAGCUCCUCUCCUGAUUGGACCCCUUACUGCCCCUGAUCUCUAAUGGACGGUGAAGCAUAUCAUCGUGGUGAACCAGUCAUCACUGACUAAAACGUGACUGCAAGCCUUGAGAGCGGAUGAGAAGAGGAGGAGAGGAAACUUGGCGUCCCAGCCAGGAUCAGACUGCAGGCAUAGCAAACUAUCCCAGAACGUUAACUAGGCCAUGACGUUACAUCACGCCACCUAUAAUGACAUAAAGAGCUUCUGAAGGACCGCCUCCUCUGCUUGGUUUUCUCAUUUCUAAUCCUUUUCUAGAUAUGCCCCUCCCCCCUCUCUCCUUCAUAUUGGCUAACAGAGUGCCGGGGCGUGUCGCUCACAGGAACACAGUGUGACAGAGAGACUACAGCCCUGCUGGAUGGACUCUUACACACACUUUGUUUGUUAAUGUCAGAUGAUGAUGAUGAUGAUGAUGAUGAAGAUAAUGAUGGAGAUGAUGAUGAUGAUGAUGAUGAUGAUGAUGAUGAUGAUGAUGAUGAUGAUGAUGAUGAUGAUGAUGAUGAUGAUGAUGAUGAUGAUGAUGAUGACGAUUGUGAUGUUGAUGGUGACAUCCCACGCAGACCUUAACACACAACUAAAGCUUGUGUCCCUACCAUACUACCCAGAGUCUCACUGGGUUGCAAUAACACUUUAAAGAUAUCAUUUCUGAUGACAUUUUAAGUUCCUAAAGAUGUCAGAGAUUAACCUGGCAGAGUGUGUGGCCUCAAAAGAUGGCAAAAGAGACACAAGAAGGGUUUACUAACUGUUGUCCCUUUUUUUUAUUUUUGUUCUACCGAGCUCUAAUGGCUGUGUAUUAUUCUGUAUUAUUCUGUGUCGGCUGAUCGUUCAGAUACACACAGGAGUAUGUGUGGAACUAAGACCCAGAAGUGGGUAUUUGUACCAAGUCUACACUAUAACUUUACAAUGUUUAUUAGUGUACACUGAGGUGUCAAUAUCGACAAUGUUUUCACCUUGAUUCCUUGCGUUGCCCCUUGAUGAGUCAUUAUUGAUUAUGUUGAAUCACUUAUCUUCAUUUGAUUGGAUUGGACUUUACUAGGGUGUACUCACCGCACUGCACUGGGUGUAUUCGCUCGGAAAUCUUUUGCUAGGCCUGGGGUGGAUUUCUCUGGGCUCAGUAAGCAGGCCUAGGGGUCGCUCUGUUCGAAAGGCAGGCUGCUCUGUGUUUAUGCCCUCCGGGAGACCACUUUCCUAAUCAGAUUAUUUAUUACCUAGAUUUAAUCUGAGGGGGAGGGGAGCAGGAGAUGGGAGGGGGAGGUGG